AUGCGAGGUGUGAAGUUUUCUAAGACUAGAUGCCUUCUCUUUAUAUACUGCAAUAACCCGUGCAUUGUGAUCGGGCGCAAUCAGAACAUUUACCGGGAGCUGUCUGUUCAGCGAGCCCACAAGGAAGGAAUCACGGUAGCACGUCGCUCCUCAGGCGGGGGGGCUGUGUAUCAUGAUUGUGGUAAUCUGUGCUUCUCCUUUCUGACCUCACGCGGUGAGUAUGCGCCCGAAAAAACUAUUCAGAUUCUUCGGCUGGCACUUUGCCACAAGUUUGGGAUAGAUGCUGCGAGACUGACCACCACCAAGCGGCACGAUUUAUUCCUAGAUGGUCUCAAGAUCACUGGUUCCGCUAUGCGGGUGCAGCAAUCUACCGCUCUCCACCACUGUACGCUGCUCGUGAACUCAAACCUGGGGAAGGUCGGUUCCUAUUUGCGUCCUGAGGGAAAGUACCUCAGCUUCGCCACGACGUCAAUGACUUCUGUGCGAUCUCCCGUGACGACUCUCAGCGCACGGGGUGUGGGCGAUGGUAUGUUGGAUACAUCUGAUGGCCUGCGGGUUGUUGAGGAGACUGUCAGUGACUUCUUUCUCAGUUGUAGUGAUGAGAUAAUCGGCCACAAGGCUCCAUGGGAACUACAACCACAGGACUUUAAGCUGAAGUUACCUACAGCAAAGGAGGAUAGGCAUGUGGUGAUAGACACAAGUGGCGCCGUGAUCAGGGACGAGCCACUGCUCAAUGCAAACGGCUAUCGCCCCAUACGCGGAGAAUGCGGCACGUUUCGCUUUGAGUUGGACCGCCUCUUAAAUGCAGACUGGCUUUUUUCAAUGCCAUCUUUUACUACAGAGGUUGCCAUUACCAUGGAAAUGUACCAUCAGGCGCUCAAAGUGGAUCCAUUAUGGAGCACCUUGAUAAGCCCCAAACUACGUCUUUUCAGUCUAACAGAGAGCGAUUUGCUUGAGGAAUUAUCGGCCAUUCUUUUCAAAGAAACCACAGCGGAACUUGGAUCGUCUCGAACCUAUGAAAUGUGUUCGCUCGUGAUUCAAACAGUUCUGUCGCAGCGCCUAAUUAAGGGCGUUCAUGUGAGGCGUGUUUGUUCAUCUGUAUUGUUAGGGGAUGCACAUAACGUACCAAGCACUAAGACAGUGUUUUUUAACGACAUUGCUACGAAGGGGAGUAAUGAGCAGGGAAAAGAGGACCCGAGUGAGUCCUUUGUGACAUCCAUUCCUUGGUUGGAGCGAUUUUUACAAACCGUACUCACAGGGACGUGUUGCGACUCAGCGUUGGCCGGAUUCGAUGACAGUGUGACUAAGGACUCUGGUGUCGAGAUGUUGCUUCAGGGACUUCGACUAGAGAUGGCGUUGAUUCCCGACCGAGGCCAGUUGGCUGAUCUUCCGGGAGAUCUCGUAGAUGAUGGAUUACUUCUGAUGGCUCGUGGAAUUGUAAAGUGUUGGCGAGAUCAAAAUGUGUUCGGCAUCUCCUUGACAUGA